AGGCUGACAUAUAAAAGGGUGGCUCGUCCCGGUCCUCGACACAGCCUCUGAACAUUGAACACCAAAGCUACUAAGAUGGCCGUUGCUCUUCGCGUGUUCUUCCUCCUUUGCGGGAUCUGCGGUCUGAUGACCGGAGGCAGCGCUGAUGCCGUGGUGAAAGUUCCUUCCUGUCCAAAGGGCUAUACUCGCGUAGAGGACCGCUGUUUCAUUUUUGUACACUCAGAGAGAGACUUUGCUGAUGCCCAGUUAACCUGCGAAGCUCUUGGAGCGAAUCUGGCCUCGGUUACUAGCGCCGUGGAAAACGCGGUCAUCCUGGAGCUCAUCAAUAUAGCCAAGGAGGACCGUCUUGCAGAAACCUGGAUUGGAUACAACGACAUUGCUACGGAUGGCACCUUUGUGUGGACUGAUGGAACCACGCCAGGCUUUACUAACUUCGAUGGUCCCGCCCCAAAUGAUAAUGGACCCCUGGACUGUGUGUUGAUAAACGGAGUAGUGGGUUCACCCGUGAAUCCCAGCGCUCCUGGACCGUUGUUCUGGGAUGCGGUCAACUGCGACGACUUGCAUUACUUUGUGUGCGCCAAAUGUGCCGAAUAGGCCGGUCCUCCUGGAACAACCAUUCCAACCACCUUGAUGUCUCUUGGAAGGGAAUAUAAGAUGUCUGCGGUGUCUCUGUUUUUCUUUUCUUCUCCUGCAACUAUUCAGGUCUUGCCGAUUGCUGUCAGUCAAACUAAUUUGGAACCUCUCAAAUAAAGGAAGGAAUCUGUCUAUCCGCA